GAGUUAGAAAUGGUGAGAAAAUCCACAAUGAGCUUUGUGACUGUCUCCUCCUUUGGUUUUCCUCAUUACAAAUUAAGUGGGGAUAAUGUGUGUUCGUGUUGCAGGCAGUGUUGCAGAACAAUAAGCAAAAGCCUCGGUCUCUUCCAGUCUGAGCAGUCACUGGGCAGUGAUCAGGUCUGUUUUCAGUUACUUGUCCUAAAUUUCCUGCUUUCUGUAUCUGUAUCAAUCUGUGUAUGUGCACUUCAGGAACCACGGAGCAGGAGUUGAGCUGGACACCAGGAGGAGUAGAGGAGGUGCGUAAGAAAAACAACAGAUCUUAGAUCUUGGAGAUCAGAAUAAAAUGGUGAGAGAAAGGUUAAGGAUUAUAAAAUGUCCAGGUUUCCUGAGGUCUGAGUAAUUAUUUAGGUUACCAGGCUCUCUGAAGAAAAGCCUGUAGCUUUAUGACACAAGGCUGACACAUGGAAUUUGGAGGGAACAUCAGGAAAAGUUGUAGGGACUGCCUGUUGGAGACAUUGAGGAGAGCCUCCAAGAAGGAAGAGCUAGCAGGAGUCUUGAUUCUCCAGCACACAAGACCACGUAGCCACCAGCUGCUUAGCCCUUUGGUGCUUUGGAAAGCCCUAUAGUUGAGAUUCUCAGUCAAAUUUUAGGCUAUCUGCUUGCAGAAGCUGAGGUAACACAACCAGGUGAGCAUCUGGGCAGUACCCCAAAAGUAUCUUCACCUUUAAGAGUGAUGAGCAAUCACACCAUUGCUCAUUUAUUGUCAUCUCCCUUCCUGUGUUGCUCCCUUUAGUUUUUCUACUUGUCUGCAUUGACUUGCUGCUAAAUUAUUUUGAUAGUAAAAUAAACCAGAUUGCAGCCUCACUGAAUUAAUUAAUUACUACUAGGCUACAACCUAGUGUGGGAUCCUCCAUAACCCCAUUGGUGGGGAGAGAUGUUUGAAGCACAUGCUGAAAAUAGGGUGUGAAAAUAGAGUGGCUGAGGGUGUCGGGCAUUCCCAGAGGGCUUGGCCAAGCGUAGGGAUGCUUUGGAAACAGUUUUUUUCACUUGAAGGCUGCUAAUAAAUUCAGCUGGAGGCUCUAAAUCCAUGUUUAACUCCUAUGGAUAAUCUGGCACAGGUACAAGAACUGGGGCCUGGGAAAUACAUUUUAAAAAAUCUGACUUGGGUGGAUUUUAGAGUCUGGGAGUGAAAUGACUUUGCCCUUAUUGGUCAGUGAGAUUUGAGCAUAAAGGAGAGUAAUUGGAGUGAGAAAGCUGAAUUCUAACAGCCAAAUGUAUCUAUACCCCAGCCUGAGGGAACCCUCUGUGCACCAGCAAAUUCCAACAGGUUUCUAGGCUGGGUUUGGUUCUCGGUUGCCAGAGCAGGUUGUCUUGCACCUGCUCACACACAGAAAGUUAAAAUGUGCUGGUGUCCAUUCAAAGAGGAUCUGCCUGUUUAUCCUGAGGUAGUUAUGGCAAAAGUGGGAAGGGUUCCACCUUAAACCGUGGAAUAACUCAUGCCUGUUGUUGCCUGUGUGUUUGUAUGGGUUAUUUUUUAUUUUGUGUUGUUUUCGUGUGUUUUUGUUUAAAACAGCAGGGUAAUACUGACUUGCUGCUUAGCGGUUUUGCUUCUGCCCCCAGGGCUCUGAAUCUCAGGAGGAAACUGGUUAGAAAUGUAUCCCUUUGCUGCUGAUGCUGUUAAACCAGUGUAUGAGGAGCAUUAGCAGCUUCACAAGAGACAGAGUGAGUUAGUAAGGAAUGCAAAAAUAUACCCUCCGCAGGUGCUACAGCCGCGUGAAGGAGCACGGCGUUGGCAAGAGGAAAAGCAGCUACACCUUUGAGCAGCUGGAGCAGGUGUUUGGGCAGGGAGGAUGGGACUCCCAGCCCUGCCAGCCCGUCCUCAUCAACAGCAGUGGCUUGUACCAGGAGCUGGAGUCAGACGGCAGCACGAUGGAGGAAUACUCUCAGGAGGACUGGGGAAACCACAGUCAGGAUCUCCACUGCUACCAAACCGGCGAGCAGGAAUUGGAUGAAAUGCCUACUACAAAAAGAACAUUAAAGAUAAAACAGGAAUCUUCAGAAGACACGCAGAAGCGUGACGUCAUGCAGAACAUUAUGCAAAUCUUGGAGUCGGUCCAGUUGAAGUGGGAGCUGUUUCAGAGCUGGACGGACUUCUCCAGGCUCCACCUUUCUAACAAACUGGCCAUUUUCGGCAUUGGGUACAACACCCGCUGGAAGGAGGACAUCCGUUACCACUACGCGGAGAUCAGCUCCCAGGUGCCCCUGGGCAAGCGGCUCCGGGAAUAUUUCAACUCGGAAAAACCGGAGGGUCGGGUGAUCAUGACCCGAGUACAGAAAAUGAACUGGAAAAAUGUUUAUUACAAAUUCCUGGAGAUCACCAUCAGCGAAGCCAGAUGUUUGGAGCUGCACAUGGAGAUCGACUGGAUUCCCAUCGCUCACUCCAAACCCACUGGAGGGAACGUGGUGCAGUAUUUAUUACCAGGAGGGAUCCCAAAAAGCCCUGGUCUGUAUGCCAUUGGAUAUGAGGAGUGCCACGAGAAGCUCCCCUCCCCUCUGGCCGAGCACCGGGCACCCGACCCCAGCAAUGAGACUCCCGGGGAGCUCGAGGUGCCCUCGCCACAGGCUUCCCUUCGGGUGGAUAUGGAAUCUGCCCGGAUUAUCUACUGUUACCUCGGCAUCGCCGAGGUCCGGACUCUCCAGCAGUGCCUGUUUUUACACUUCCAGGCAAACACCAAAACCUUCAGCAAAGAUUGGGUCGGGAUCAACGCCUUUUUAUCUCAGAACUGCGUCGUAGAGCCCGGUGUCUCACCCAAAUCCAUCUACAUCAAAUUUGUGGAAGUGGAGAGGGAUUUUCUGUCUGCUGGCUCUUUGGUAGAGUGCCUGGAAAAAGCCAUCGGGUACCCCUUAAAAUUUAACAACUGAGUCUCGUCCUUCAUAAGGAUCAGGGCUUUCUGCCCCAUUUUCCAUCUCACUGGGAUCCUGUGCGUUCAGCUCCGGGCACGCGGGACUUUUCUGCCUGGCAGCGCGUGUGGGGUGCGCGGGGCCAGCGGGGCCCGGGGGACGACUGUCGGUACAUUCCACGUGGGACAGGCUCACACACACGGCGUUUUCAUACUGAACUGAGGGUUUGCUCUUCCCUUUAUUCCACGGUGUCUCAUUCGGAUGCAUCCGUCUCUAAGUGUUCCUCUGGAUCUGACUCGAUAAGCAAUAGAUAACGGCGAGGGAAACCCCAGCUCCCGGCCCGGGGACUGUUUUUCAAAGCCACCCUUAGAUAUCUUGUAUAUAAUUUAGAACUUCACUUUUUUCACCAUCGAGUGUUCUCCUCUCUCCAAACAGUGUUGCCUGCAAAGACUUUGGGUUCCGUGAUGUAUUCCACAUCCUCAGUAGCGUUGCCAUAUCUGCUUUUAUUUUAUUUAAUUUUUUUAACAUUAAAAUAAUUCCUGGCUUUUUU